UUAGCACCAAAAACUCCAGUGUUGAAACACAAUGCCAACAAAAGACCAAGAAAAGGCAUAGAUGUGAACCAAAGGCCACUAUCCAAAAUCAAGAAGCAUAGACAUAGGCCUAAAAUAGCCGGUCAAGGUAAAUCCAAAAGACUUGUCAAGAAUUCAGCUGAGAACAACAAGGAGAAUAAUGUUAGAAAAACUCAGUCUGAGGAGAAGAAGGAGAAUAGAGAGCAUGUUAGUAAGAAUCAAUCUAUGGAAAAACAAUAUGUUAGAAAAACUGAGUCCAAGAAGAGGCGAAAACCAAGUACCCAACAAACCUCUGUAAUUGUUGGUAUGCAGUCUGAUGUAGGUUCAUUUGGAGGACAUAAGUUGUUGAAUGAUCUUGACUUGUACACAAACUCAUUUAGAUGGAGAAGUCAUGGAAAAAGGUCUGUGAGGAGCAAAAUUGGUUUUCAUCGUGGGUCCUCAUGGGUUCAGCAACUUAAUUUCCCAAAAAGAUGCAAAAGGAUGAGGACCAAGAGGCAGAAGAAAUCAGUUGUGUCCAUCAUGUUAGGUUUUCUCCGCUUGUGUGGUUGGAUGAAAAAGAAAAGAUCAAAAAGAUUUAUUGAAAGAGGAAAUUUUUCUUGGCUUGCUUUAAUUCAGAUGAUUAACAAUCAAAUUCUAAACAUUCCACUCAAUCAAAUUUGUAGUGAAUUUAAAAAAUUGCCAGAUCCUCCUCAAGAAUUAGGCAUUGGUGAGGGAGAAGGAAAAGUUAAACAUGAAAGAAAUGUACCAGAAAGCUCAAUUGAGAUUCCUGUCAGACAAGCUUUAACCAAUGAAGAGCAUGAGAUUCCUAUUUUAACACAAAAUCAUGAGAAAAAGUUAACACAGAACUGCAUUGAAAUUAGACCAUCUCCUGUCAAUUUAAAGUUUCAAGAUGUAAGCUCAUUGAAAAAUAAGGAGCUUCAAGUCGCUGCCAAAUCAAAAGUUUUGGCAGGUCCACUGAAAAUCUUCAACAAAAAGGGUAGUGUUAAUCAGAAAGCUGGGGAUGUGAUAGAGGAGCUUAUUCAUAAAUUUAAGAAGCUAAAGAUCAUUGAUAUAAGUGCUAUAGUUCCCUAUCAGAGUUCUGAUUCUACCAAAAAGACAAAACCAAAGGUUAUUUUGGACUCAGAGACAGCAAGACGAUGGAAUCUGUUGAUGGGAAUAGAUAAUGGUGCAUGUAAAGAAAAUGUAGAUGAAGAAAAACAGAAAAAGUGGGAAGAAGAAAGAAAAAUUUUUCAUGGACGAGUAGAUUCAUUUACUUCCAAAAUGCAUGUAGUUCUUGGAGAUAGAAGGUUCAAACCUUGGAAAGGAUCAGUAGUGGACUCAGUGGUCGGAGUUUUCUUAACUCAAAAUGUUUCAGAUUUUCUUUCAAGUUCUGCAUACAUGUCACUUGCUGCUAAGUUUCCUGUUAAGCCAAGUAAUGAAGAAGCAUCUGUUGAUGACCUAGAGAACAAGAAUAGCCAAGGGUCAACUAAAGCAAGACAAGAUUCAGAUGGUAACCAAUAUUUUAUCAUUGAACCUGAACCAAAAACCCCAGCUGAUAUGGUAGAAGAAACAAGUUUGGUAGAUAUUGAAGACCUUGGAAACACUGCUUUGCCACAAGAAUAUCAUAGACAUAAAAACAAAGUAUGGAGAUGUAAGAACUCAGAAAAUGCAUCAAGAGGGAUGGAGCAUAUGAAUUCAAUAUCAAAAUCAAAGAGGUUAAAUUGCCUCAAUGCUUCCUCUACAUCAACUACUCCAUCUGACUUGGAUGAUUCCUUCGAAAUGUCUUGUUCUUCUUCUAGUGCAUGCCAUAAAAGCUAUAAUUCUGAACUCAUGGAAGGUUGCCGAGCUGAAAAUGUAGUCAAGGAGAAGAUGUCAGAAGCAGAAGUUGAGAUGAAAGGAAAUCCACACACCCAAAGUGAACUGAAUGAAACCGUAUUCAAAACUCUUAAUUUGGUAAUGAAAAUCCGGUGUGCUUUGAGAUCUGUUGAUAAGACUAGAAAGACUACUGGAGGGAAGAAAGAAAAGGUACAAGAGAAAAAAGUAGAAAAGAGUGAUUGGGAUGAUUUAAGAAGAAUGUAUUCCAAGCCAAGAACUAGGGAACAAACAGAUACUGUGGACUGGGAGGCAGUUAGGCAAGCACCCUUAACUGAGAUUGCGGAAAUCAUUAAAGGAAGGGGCCAGCAUACUAUUAUUGCAAAACGAAUUCAGGACUUCCUCAAUCGAGUAGUUGAUUAUCAUGGAAGCGUCGACCUCGAAUGGUUACGAUAUGCACCACCUGAUCUUGUGAAGGCAUACCUGUUGGAGAUACCGGGAUUGGGCUUGAAAAGUGUGGAAUGCGUACAGCUUUUGACACUUGGAAAUAAUGCUUUCCCAGUCGAUGUAAAUGUUGAUCGGAUAUCAGUGCGUUUAGGAUGGGUCCCCUUGGAACCACUUCCUGGAGACCUUCAGUUUCAUCUUUUAGAAGAGUACCCGAUCAUGGAUUCCAUUCAAAAAUAUCUCUGGCCCCGACUAAGCGAACUUGAUCAUAGAACACUGUAUGAAUUGCACUAUCAUAUGAUAACUUUUGGAAAGGUAUUUUGCACAAAGAAAAAUCCAAAUUGCGGUGCUUGCCCAAUGAGAGCUGAGUGCAGACAUCAUGCUAGUGCAGUUGCAAGUGCAAAUAUUGCCCUGCCAGGCCCAGCAAAGAAAGGUGAAGAGAGAUCCAUUGUCCCUAAAAUACCUGUUGGAAACUCUGCUUUAGCUGGAAACGGUGAUGUGGUUGUCAAUCCAAUAUCAGAGUCCCUUUUAGAGUCUGACAAGAAAUUGGAAUCUGAAUUAAGAACACAAAAUUGUGAACCCUUCAUAGAAGAACCUGAAUCACCAAAAAUUGAGCAGGACAUUGAAGAGCUUGCAACUAGUAAAUAUAUCAUUGAUGAUGAAGAAGAGGAAAUCCCUACUAUCAAACUCAACAAUGAUUCUUUCAAGGAAAAUGUACAGCACUUUAUGGACAAGUAUGGGCCAAAUCUCCAAACUGAUAAUUUAUCAAGAGCUUUAGUUCCUAUACCUGUGAAUGUCAAUUCAAUUCCAAUGCGCAAAUUGAAGCAGACUAACCGCUUGCGGACGGAACAUCAAGUCUACGAAAUUCCAGAUAAUCAUGAACUUCUGAGAGGGCUAGAGAAGCGAGAAUGUGAUGAUUCCUUGCCUUUCCUUCUUGCUAUAUGGAGAGCAGGUGAAACUCCAGAUUCCUGUGAACCACCUAAGAAAAGAUGCAGUUCUCAGGGGCCAGAAAUUUGUAAUGAUCUGACAUGCUUUUAUUGUCAAAGUAUUCUGGAAGAUAAAGAUGAAAUAGUUCGAGGAACAAUUCUGAUACCUUGCAGAACAGCAAUGAGAGGAAGAUUUCCACUCAAUGGCACAUACUUUCAAGUUAAUGAGGUAUUUGCAGAUCAUGAAACUAGCUACAACCCCAUUAUUGUUCCUAGGAGUUCAAUAUGGUACCUUAAGAGGAGGACAGUAUAUAUUGGGACAUCACCAUCAGCAAUAUUUAGAGGAAUUUCUUCAAUAACAGAAAUUCAAGAAAAUUUCUGGAGAGGUUUUAUUUGUGUGAGAGGAUGGGAUUCCAAAACACGUCAACCGAAACCUCUUUGCAAGAGAUUCCACUGUCCACCUAGUAAGAUGGACAAGGCGCGAAAAAGGCCCCAAAUUAUAUAGGCACAUUCUCCUUUGUAAAAAAAAGUAUUAUUUAAUGAAUUUAAAUGGUUUAAUGUGUUUUCUCUA